AUGACACCACGCAAGUCUUCUCAUGCAUUCGUCGCUCAAGCUGAAACAUUACUUAUCUACGGAAUAUUCUUAUUCUUAACUGGUCUGGCACAGAUAUGCAUUACCAUCAGUCACCGAUACAUAACGGAGAAAACGAUUCAUCAAAAUAAAAACAUCAAUCUACACAGUUUCCUUCCCACGGCAUUUACGAUCAAUGAUAUUCAUCUUUGGUAUAUUUAUCCAUCAGCUACGAUCACAAUCAUCCCAUUUCUUUCCUGUGUGACCUAUACUUUAUUCAAACGGCCAAUAACGCCAAUUUUCAUUUGCAUAUCGUCGAUGAUGAGUUUCUUCGCUUCAUCGAUCUACGUUGGUCUUUUGAUUGUCCAUACACUUGAAUACUGGCAAACAAUUUCAUCCACUCGGUAUAGAACGACGUUGGCUUCAUCGACAACAACGACAAUGUCACCAUUUCUCUUGACCCGCGUACUUGUUCCGUUUGAAGAACCAGCAACAUUCGAUAAUUUAGCACUUUUAAUUACAUUUACACUGGCUCUUGUUCAAACACUUCUAUCUCUCAUUGGAGCAGUCAUUUCUUGUCUCUGGUCGCCGUGCUGUAUGAGCUCAUGGCCAACAUACACACCGAUACCUACUACUUCACAUUAUGCUCAAACAACGCCGCAUCGUUAUGAGACACCUCAAUCAGCAACUCUACGUAGCGUUAAACGUCAACAACUUCAUGAAACUCAUCGGUUUCUAAAUUCGAAUGGCCAUUCGGAUACAAUGCCAACUAAUAUCAUUCAUAAAAAUUCGACAAUUCGAAGUCAUUACGAUGUCGUUUAA